UAAUAAGGUCCGGCUGUGCGAGCAAUCACGUUAUUGUGCCAGUGACUUUGAGCAUUCUUAGUUCGUCACGCCUCUCCGAAAGAAUUCUGGCUUAGGUCCAGUUAGGUGAACUACUACAUCUUUCUAGCACCCAAAUCCUAUUCUGAAGAACGUUUCUCCGGCUUAAGCCUGCGAUCCACGUAACAAUUCGCCGGCGGAAGAUAAGGAACUGAUUCGAAGGAAAGUGCUAAGUGAGCUGCAAAAUAUCAAGGUUUCCGUUAAAAGUUACUGGUGUUGCUGAUAAUAAGAUAUUUGAGAUGAAUUCUUUAUCCUUGUCAACGUCAAUGACUGGAGCAGAGGUUUGCAGUUUUGUUUCUGGUUCACAUAUUCAGAUCAGAAAGGAUAUUUUUGGCGCUGAGCUCCAUAAAAGUUCAUUGAAUAGAAUUAAUGUAGCUUGGUCGAGACAUCUACGGCAAUCUAGCUACAGAAGUAGGCGUAAAUUCAGUGUUUUAGCUAAAACAAAAAAGGGGCAGAAGCAUGACUAUCCAUGGCCAGAUGAUGUUGAUCCAAAUCUGAAAAGUGGACAUCUGAGCUAUUUGUCUCCCUUCAAACCACUUGCUGAAAAGCCUAAGCUGGUUACACUUGAUUUUGAGAAGCCAUUGAUUGAGCUCGAAAAGAAAAUAACUGAUGUGCGUAAAAUGGCUAAUGAGACUGGCCUGGAUUUUAGUGAUCAAAUUAUUCUACUGGAAAGAAAGUAUCAAGAGGCUUUAAAAGAUCUAUACACCCAUUUAACUCCAAUUCAGCGCCUUAAUAUAGCUCGCCAUCCAAACAGACCUACAUUUCUUGACCAUGUUUUAAACAUAACGGAGAAGUGGGUGGAGCUUCAUGGUGAUCGUGCAGGUUAUGAUGAUCCAGCCAUUGUUACUGGUAUUGGAAGUAUUGAUGGAAAAACUUAUAUGUUUAUUGGUCAUCAGAAAGGGAGGAAUACCAAAGAAAAUAUUAAUCGGAAUUUUGGAAUGCCAACUCCGCAUGGGUAUCGGAAGGCCUUGCGCAUGAUGAGAUAUGCUGACCACCAUGGAUUUCCUAUUAUAACAUUUAUUGAUACACCUGGUGCAUUUGCUGAUCUCAAGUCUGAAGAACUUGGUCAAGGAGAAGCAAUAGCCCACAACCUGAGGGAUAUGUUUGGCUUGAAGGUCCCAAUAGUCACAGUUGUUAUUGGUGAAGGUGGAUCUGGUGGAGCUCUUGCAAUAGGUUGUGCAAAUAAGCUGUUCAUGUUAGAAAAUGCUGUCUUUUAUGUUGCCAGCCCUGAGGCAUGUGCAGCAAUCUUGUGGAAAACUUCACAAGCUGCUCCAAAGGCAGCUGAGAAACUGAAGAUCACAGCAACGGAAUUGUGUAAGCUCAAAAUCGCAGAUGGGAUUAUUCCAGAACCCCUUGGUGGUGCACACACUGAUCCAACUUGGACUUCACAACAAAUUAAAGUUGCAGUUACAAGAGCCAUGAAGGAACUCACGGAAAUGGAUACUGAUACUUUGCUUGGCCAUAGACAUUUGAAGUUCCGACAACUUGGUGGUUUCCAGGAAGGCGGCUAUGUGGAACCAGAGCUGAAACGUAACAUGAAGAAGAAGGAUGUUAACAUUUCUGAAAUAGCAGCAAAUCUGGAGGCAGAACUCGAAGAAAUCAAGAAAUCUGUAUUAAAAGCGAAGGAGACAUCCCCUUUACCUGUUUUUUCCGACGAGGAUGUGCAGUUGGUGAAACAAGACGUGGACAAGGAGACUACCAAUGCUUUUAUUGCAAUGGGCCUACAGGAGAAACUUCAAGCUCUAAAGAUGGAUCUAUCAAAAGCACCCUCAGAUCAAGAUCUUGGUCCAACGCUUAAAGACAGGGUAGAUAGACUUGCUCAAGAAUUUAAGAUCAACUUAUCUAGCUCUGAAUCAUUUGAUGGACUAAAGCAGAAGCUCAAAACGUUAUCAGAGAUAAACAUGCUACAAGAGCACAAGAGAAAGGGAGAGAUGCUGAAGAAGGCUAUCAACGACAAGCUACAAAAUAAGGCAAAAGAGAAGAUGAAGAUAUUGAGUAAGGCACGAGAUUUGGUGGCAAAGGGAGAGGAAUUGGAUGAUGAUACACUUAAGAAAGUUGAUCAAGCUAAGGAAGACAUAAUGGAAAUGCUGAAAUCUGCAGACUUUGAGGUACUGGGAGUGAACAGGAAGAUAACUUCUUCAGCCCCACCGAUUUUGUUAGAGAAGGUAAGGAUAGCAAAUGAAGUGAUCUUCACUGAAAUAGAGAAGCUGGUUGAGAGGACUGGAUUGAGAGGUAAGUUAGAUGAGUUGAGGCUAGAGAUAGACAAAGGUCCAAGCAAAGAUAAGCAUAAGAUGGAGAGCUUAAUAACAGAAAUAAGGGAAGGAGUUCGUGAAUCAUUAGAUGCUAAUGAAUUAGAAAAAAUGGUUAAAAGUUCAGUUGGCUUGCAAUCACCUGAUGCUGUUGGUGCCAGUGUUGAUCAGAAAUAGAAUUUGAUUUAGGCUUCGUUUGGAACAGCUUUUUGUUGCUUUUUAAAAUAACUUUUUAGUAUAGCAAUUUCUUGAAUUAGAAAUUUUUAUACUAGAAAGCCGUUUUAGAAAGCAGUGCGAAAGUUGUCCCAAACGAAACCUUAGACUAAUUUGUUUCAUUUUUUUUUUUCUUUCAUCAGUGAUGAACUUCAUAUUAUAUUGAGCAUUUAUUUGUCCCCCAUUUGUUUGUCACUAUGAUCAUUAUGGGAAUGUGUAUGUAUAUGCAUGAGAUGUGUUUGAAUCUA